AUGGUGAUCUCUAAUACUCAACCUUCAACUCCUUCUAUCCAAUCACCACCACAUUAUCAUGAGAUUUCUAAUUUAAAUUCAUUCAAUCCAUCAUCAAACUCUUACUUUCCAAUCUUACCUUCUUCAUCAUCUCCACCACCACCUCCACCACCUCCACCACUUAUACGUAGAUUCACUUCACCUGAUUUGUUACCUACUUUAAAACAUUCUUUAAUCAAACCUCAUCAGCAAUUCACUUCAUUCGUUUCUCGUUUCUCUUCUGUAUUAAAAAAACCUACUUUACCUCUUCUUAAUCCUCCGACUCAUCGACCUAAAAAACUUCAAAAACCUCGUCCUAAAAAUCAUCCUCAUCCUUCAAAUAAACAUAAAAAUUUAAAUUAUCAACCUAUUACCUUACAACCAUGGUUUAAUGAUUCAGAUUCAGAUUCAGAUUUUGAUAAUGAUGAAGAAGAUGAUUUGAAUGUUAAAGCAGUAGAAAGUAAAUCUCCAAUUCGUACAAUCGUCAAACGUACACCUGUUCAUUUCUUUACGGGUGAUUCAACGGUCAUUGAGAUUCAAACUUUUUGGUCAGAUGGUACUCAAAUCAUUUCUAAACCUCAAAUCGGAUCUCAUUCUAUUUUACGUAGACCAGAAUAUUGGAUGGGUUGGCCUUCACGACGUCAAUCAUGA